CAGUAGACAACUAUUUCUCACAAAGCAAAAAGUCCAAGAAACAUCAGAGGCACUUUGAUUUGACUACAAUUGCCAGCAAAGCUCCAAAGCACAAAAAAUUCUUCCAUUUUCAGUAGUUUCAGAAACACCAGCAGCUCCUACUUCGUACAGCUCAGAGAUCAGAAUUGUCUUCAACUCAACCUCUCCUCUGUUAUAAACCAUAAAUUUCAUCUUACCACAAUCAGCCCACUGUCCAGCAAUCACUUGUCAAUUUUCAAACUUCCCCCCGCUCUGCUCUUGUGAUUGGAAUCUCAUUCAAGUCAGUGGAAAAUCCAAAUUGCUGAGGAAAGUUCAAAUCUUGGGCUCUUCAGAGGUUUGCUUCAAUCUUUUUUGUAAAAUAUUUUACUAGUUUUUUGAAUCUUGGUGCAGUUGACUUCCCCGGAAAAGAGAUUUCUUGAUUUUGGGUGAAUUUAUAUGGGUAAAGGAGGGGGAUGUAUGCCGAGUAAAAGCAAGGCAUCUCUGGGUGUAUCUGAUCGUGAUGCGCCCAUUCCUCUGUCUGAGAGAUCAAUCUCAACGGAGGGUCGCAGCCCAGAAAGAAGUGUUAAUGCUGCAAUCCCUGUUCGAGGUGGGGAUUCCCAGAGGAAGUUGAGGAUAUUUAUUGUGUUUUAUUCAAUGUACAGACAUGUAGAAACCCUAGCAAGAAGAAUCAAGAAAGGGGUUGAUGGGGUUGAGGGUGUUGAGGGGGUUUUGUACAGGGUUCCUGAGAUUUUGACCCCUGAGGUAUUGGAGCAGAUGAAGGUUCCGCCUAAGGAUGAUGGGAUUCCGGUUAUAUCGGCGGAGGAGAUGGUGGAGGCUGAUGGGUUCUUGUUUGGAUUUCCGACGAGAUUUGGGAGCAUGGCCGCGCAGAUGAAGGCGUUUUUCGACUCGACGGGUGGUUUGUGGAGGGAGCAGAAGCUUGCUGGUGUUCCCGCAGGGUUCUUUGUCAGCACCGGCACGCAAGGGGGCGGCCAGGAAACCACUGCAUGGACGGCAAUUACCCAACUAGCCCACCACGGGAUGCUCUACGUUCCAAUCGGAUACACAUUUGGGGCGGGAAUGUUUGGGAUUGAUUCGAUCAGAGGCGGUUCCCCUUAUGGAUCAGGAGUAUUCUCAGGAGAUGGGACGAGGGAACCAACCGAAACUGAACUUGCACUUGCAGAGCACCAAGGCAAAUACAUGGCUUUGGUGGUGAAAAGAUUUGCUGGGACAUCUUCGUUUGCUCGGAACAAAGUAGCAGCCAAGACUUAGGAGUGGCCAUGAUCCCAUUUCUGUCUGUCUCCUCUCCAGUGUGCAUCUCAUGACUUGAUACAAUUACAAUUUAUUUGUGACAGAAACAUUAGGUUGGUUUUUUUUAUCUUACGUUGUAUUUGCCUUUUAAGUCAUCGU